AUGAAUUUUCGAUCAAGCCAUUCCAACUAGUAUUAAAGGUUUAUUACCAAACUUCCGACAAAGUUUUUUCCAAAUCUUAUACCUGAAAUAAUAAAUAAAACUGGAAAGUAAUCAAAAGCAGAAAAAAUUGAAGAUUUUGUUGAGAUUUUUCAAGAUUACUUUAAAUAUUUACUAGGUAUAGAAAAAAAUGAAGAGGAAUUACUGCAUUCUGAGAAUAACAUUGCGAGUUUUGAUGAUUGCUUGAGCUAAUUUGAUGAACCCGAAGUUGUUGUGAGUUUACCAAACCCAGAUUAUAUAUCAGAAGAACCUUAGCUAUAAUAAAAACAGUAUGAAAUUGUUGAUUAGAUUGUACAAGCCUUAGUUCUAGAGUAAAAAUCUAUUCAGGAUAAAUUAUUUUUAAAAGCGAUCGAAAUUGCAUUCAUUUAAUUGUCUGAUCGUAAGACCUAUUCUUUAUUUGAGCAAAGAACAAGAGGGUUGGAAACUAUUCCAAAUGAUUAAAGAAAUGCAAUGAAUUUAUUAGGAACAAAUCAACAAAUAUUUGAUUAAAGUAACUAAUUUUGUGGUUUUAUUGAAAACAACAAUAAUAAUCGCAAUUCAUAAGAUUUUGGGCUUUGCUAAAGAGAAAUUUAGAUAAAAAAAGCUGUUAACUAAUUUAGGCAAGAUUUAUUGGAAUUAGCAUCAUAAAACAAAUGGAAUAUUUAAAUGACUGCUCAACAAAUUUAAAUAGAUUUUCAAAAAAUUCAAUAAUAAUAAUAGAAAGCAUAUAGUUAGGGGGAAUAUUUAAGAUUGAUCCAAUCUUAAUGGAAUAAAACUAUGAAUGAAACAUCUGAUCUUUUAACAUUAGUAAGGAAUAUUUUAAUAGUGUAAUUUUCCAGAAAAGGAUUUAUGGUCAGAUCAAUUAUUUCUGAAGAUGGAUCAAAAAUAUAUCUCUUGUUAUAUAUGCCUGAAUAAAUGUUAGAAAUAGCUGCUGAAAAUUGUUAACUUUCGAAAAAACUGUGUUUUUGUUUCUCCGAUUUAUUUUCCCUCGAGCCUGUUGAUAAAUAAUUAAGACCCCUACGAUUAAAUGGCAGAUUAUGGAAGCCAGACGAAUAUAGUAUUUCUUCAUACUUAUAAUAUUUAAGACCAUUAAUUAUUGAUUAAAUAAUGCAAAUAAAUUUUAAGAGAUUAGCUAGAGAUGUAGGUUAAAGUAACAUAAAUAAUGAAUUAUUUGAAUAUGGAAAAAUUAAUUUUUAUGGAGAUCAAGAAGGUCCAACUGAUGAUGAAUGGACGGCAUAUUACAUUUACCUUGUUCAUCUUAAUAAACAGAUUGAAAUUUAAAGAAAAAAAUAUUUUAUAGAAAGCGAUAUUGCUUUAAUCUUAGAUAAAUAAAAGAGUGCAGAAGAAUUAUUUGCGCUAAGAACUGGAUAAAAGCCUAAAGGAUAUUUUGAAUUUACGGAAGAAGAAUAAGAGCAAAUUUAGAUUCUUUUUGAAAAAAUUAGAGAGCUAUAAGGCCAAUAAAAUAAAAUUUAAUUAUCCCAAAAGCUUCCAAUUCUAAAAAAAAUAAAGUUGUUUAAAUAAUAAUAAUUAGCUUCUAAUUAUUACUUAAUUUUUUAAGAGGCUUUAAAAGUGGCAAACAGCACAGGAUAAACAUUAAAAACAAUAUGGGAUAGAUAUUAUUAAUAGCCUUUUGAACUUUAUAUUCCGUUCACCCUUCGAUAACAUUCUUAAUCUAUAAAAAAUAUUGCUAAAUCGUAAUUAAAAUGGUCCAGGUAUUUAUCAAAAGAAAAUCAUUAAAUAACUUUAUUUCCAACCAAUGAAAGAUUAAAGUUAGCAUAUUUUGUUCUUUCAACAACAAUUCGAUUAGAUAUAUUUAUCAAUAUGAAAUUGAUAAACUCUGUUUUUAGUUUACACAAUAAUUAUGAAUUAUUUGGAAUUAGCAAUAACCAUUAAUAAGAAAUCAAUUCAGAAUUCUAUAUGUAUGAGCAAUAACCUUUUGAUUUAUCUGGCAAAUGGAAUUUAAAUUAUUUAUAUCCUUGGUCUAUGCCGAUAAGCAAAAUUUGCAUUUACUUUGGUGAAAAAAUAGGAUUAUACUUUAAAUUUUCUUCAUAUUAUAUUCAAUUUUCUACGAUCAUGGCAGCACUAGGAGUAAUUUUUAAUAUGAUUAUGUAUUCAACUAACAUUUAGCAUAAUGAUAUAUCCUUAGUGGCUUAAUCUAUAUUUUCAAUUUUAAUUAUCAAUUUAAAUUGCUUUCUAACAGACUAUUGGAAUUAAACACAAUUUGCUUUUAACAUUUAAAAUGGUUAAAAUAAUAAUUAUAAAUAUAACUUAAUUAGAAGUUCUUUUAAAGGAGAAUAAAUUAGAUCCAUUUCAACUGAUCAAUUAAAUUUUACAGGGAUAAUUCACUUUCAAUUUUUUUGGAGAAUUAGUAUUUCGAUUUUUGUUCUUAUCUUGAUAUUUGGAUCUGAUGUUUGCAUAACGAUAGGACUUUACUUCUUUAAUUUAUACCUUGAAAGUAUCUUUGCGAGUACAAGUAUUUAAUUUAGGAAUUUUGAAAUAAUAGUGACAGCAAUUUUGAAUUAUGUGAUUUAAAUAAUUGUAGAAUAUUAUUAUGAAUCUAUUGCAAUAGUUUUGACAGAUUUUGAGAAUUUUUAGACUGUUGAACAUUAUGAAAACAGCUAUUGCCUAAAAAAAUAUGCUCUUAUAUGUUUUUCUUAAUUAUUUCCAUUACUGAUCUUGUGUUUUUUAAAUGGAGAACUGAAUCUAAAGUGCUCUCAAAAUAAUUGUAUUGGAUAAGCAUAAUAUUUUUUCGGUACCACUUUAUUAUUAACAAUAAUUAAUGUAAAAAGGAGAAUUUAAUAAAUAAAAGAGAAGAGUUAUUCAAGCAAAAAUUUGCUGACAUUUAUUGAAAAUUAAGAAUCUAAAACUCCUUUUUAGCAAACCCAAGAAAAAUAUGGUAUUAUCGAUGAAUAUAUGAAAUUUUUUUUACUAUCAACAUUAAUCAAUAUGUUUGGCGGCUUAUUUCCAUUAAGUUUUACUUUAUUUUGGAUAUGGAUGAUCUUAUAGUUUUAAAUUGUAAAAUUUAAACUUUUAUAUUAAAUAUAAAGGCCUUGGCCGAAAGGAGAUAGUUCCUUAGGAAUUUGGUUUGAAAUACAUUAAUUUAUUAAUUUUAUUAGUUUACUUAGUAAUUGUAGUUUAAUAUGUGUUUAUUAUUACAAAUAUCUUUAGGAUGAUGUUAUUUAGCUAUUUGUUACUUUAUUAUUUUAUAAUUUCUUUAUCAAAUAUAUUACAAACACGACAUUUUUAAGUCCUCCAUUAAUACUUGAGUAUAUAGUAAAGAGAGGCUAAUACAUUUAUUAGAAUAAUAUUAAAAUUCUUACAAAUAGAAGUAGUCGAAGAGAAUAAGAGAAUAAAGUACUAUUAUAAAGAUGCCCGUUAUAUAAAGUAUUUGGAUCUAAUGGCAUGCAAAGAGCAGAUUAUUUUGAAACAAUUAGUUCUGAUGAUGAAAUUUUAGAUCAUUAGAGAAAAAAAAUUUAGUUGAUUUCUUAGAGAUUAGUAGAACAGGAAACCAAUUAUCUCAUCUCAAAGGCAGAAAUAAUUUAAAAUGAAGAUCAUGUUAAACAAACAUAAAGCCCAAUCAACUCAAAUUCUUCAAAAAUCUCAAAUUCUAGCCCUUUGAAUUCUGUAUCUAGUCCUAUAUUUACAGUAUCUAGUUCAAGGUAGAAUAACAGAAUGAAAAGUAUUAUUGAUCCUUUUGAGAGUACUACAUAGAUAUAAAAUUCAGCAAAAGAAAUUUAAAAAUUAGGGAAAAGUAAGUUUUAGCUUAUGAUUACAGAAAUAAUAAAAAAAUUGUAAUAAGUAGAUAAAUUAGACUAUUAAUUUUUUUAUAACUAUUAUAAAAAGCGUUCAAUAAACUGGGCAUUUUAAAUAUAAUCUUGUCAAUCAGGACCUAAAUAGUUAAUCAGGGACAGAACAAUUAUAUGGCGAUUUUUUUUUCGGCUUCAAUUAUUAUCCUCUUAUAAUAUGCUAUGGAAUGAUUAUAGAUUGGUUUAAAGUUAAUCUUAUUUUAGAAGAAAAUAAAAAGCAUUGCAUAAUCUAGAUUAUAAGAGAUUUUAAAUAUUAAAGUAAAGUUUUGAGAAUCAAAAUAAAUACUAUAAAGCCUAGGCAGCUUUAAAAUUUAGCAAAUAAUUUAGAUAAUUUGGAAAUUAACUUACAUUGGAAGAAAGAAAAGAAUAUAAUGAGCUAGUUUUAAAAUAUAAUAAAUUUAUUGAAAAAAAAUCAUGGCUAAAUUGUAGAAAAGUAACAAUAUUCAGAUACAAGGGUUUAUUUUUUAGAGGAUUUCGGAAACAAAGUAUAAGAAAAUAAGCCAUUUAAUUUGUUUUAGAAUACUACGAAGCAACUAAAAAGUUAGAGGAAGCUCAAAAUGGUUCAGAUAUACAUAAAAAAUUUAACAAUUUAGUUUAAUAUACGCAGUUAAAUUAAUAUACAUUAGAAUUGUUUAUAGAAUUAUUUAAUAAAUUAGAAUAUGAGUAAAAAACUAGUUAUAUAUUUCCUUCAGUUAACGGGAGAAUUUAAUAAAAAAAUUAUUAUCUAAAUUCUUUAAAAUCAGAAGUGUUUAAAAAUAUAAUCGAUAAAUCUAAAGACACAUAUAUAUUUGAAUAAUAUUCUACAAAACUAGAAGAGUUUGUUUUAUAAUAUUGCUUAGAUGAAAUGAAUUAAAUUCCUAAUAUAACAAUGAAAAAGCAUCUUCAUGAUCUUCUCUGGAUUGUUGAAGUUGAGGAUUAAGAAUAUUUAAUGUAAUUUUUCCAAAUAAAGCAUGGAUAAUAAUUGCAGUUUUUAAAGCAUUACAACAAUGGAUUAGGAGUCUUUGUUAGCGAAAGCAAGAAUUACAUCAAAUUACUCAAUAUAAUUGAUUAAAUUGAUGAUUUUUUAAUAAAAGCUUAUUGUGUAUCCUUAUACCCUUGUUUAGAUUGUAAAACUUUAUAUUAAGUAAUAAAAUUUAGAAAAAAGCAUUCACUUCAUUACACAAUAGAUUAAUUAAUGUAAUUUUUGUAUGCAAAUUUAAUUAUAUUAUCAAAGGGUAUUGUAAACAGCCUUUCAAUUUAUACGUAUGCUUUAAGUAAUAAUGAAUAUAUGAUUUUAAAUUCUAUUUUACAAGAGGACAAUCCGGUAUUCUAGUUAGUUCAAGUUAUUUUGGAGAUGAUAUUGCUAGACCCAAUCGAAGAUUUGGGGGAAGUCCUUAAAAACAUUGAACACCCUUUAUUGUCCUUUUUGAUGGAUAUAUUAUAUAAUGAUUUAACAGCAAGUUAGGCCUUAGAAAAUAUGCAAAAAUAAGAUCCAUUCUCAGAUAUUAAUUUUUAGUUUAAUCUCAAUUUAAAAGACUAAUCCUAUUAAUUCUAUAUCGAGAAUAUGAAGCACUAAAUCAAUUUUCACCUUAGAAUGAAAUAAUUUAAAAAAUCAAUUUAAUUGAUUCAGGAAGCAGAAGAUUAUUUGGCAGCUUAACAUAAUGUACAAACUAUUAACUUUAUGGAAAAAUUCUUAGAUUACAUCUCCCGAGAGAUACAAACAUAUAUUCUAAAACCCCAUGAUAUUAAGAAGAUUUUGGAUACAUUAUUAAUAUUUUAUUUUAAAAUAUCUGCUCUUUUUGGUUUGAAGCAAUAAAUAGAACCUGAAAACUCGUAAAUUAUCGCUGCGAUAAAAAAAUGCUGUAGUCAACUAAAAAUUAUUCUAAAAUAAUUAAGCUUUAAUAUAAAAUUAGAAAAUCUAUCUGAAGUAGAGCAUCGCACAAUUUUGAAAUAAAAGUUUAAAUAAACAUAAGAUAAUUAGUCAUCUGUAAGCUCAUUUGAAAGAUUAAAUUUAAUUAGUACCUUAAGGAAAAAUUCAAAGUAUAUUUUAAUUCUAAUUUAAUUUCACACUUAGAUUUAAAGAUACAAAAAUCAAUUUACUUUAAUAAAAGCAAUUUAUAAUUAUUUCAAUAAAAAUUUUAUUCUGGCAGAUCUUUAAUAUAUUUAAAUAAUUCAGAGAGAAGAAGAAUUGGCCUUUCGGGAACCCAUCCCAACCUUUUUGAAUGUACCUCUUGAUCACACACCAGGUUUAAUUAAUUUAAAGUAAUCUUCUCCAUUAGAUGAAGACAAUGAUGACAUAGGAAAUGAAGAAUAUUAAACAAAGUCUAAAGGUAUCAUAGAUAGGAACACAUUGUAUUGCACAUAGUUAACAUAUUUUAAAUACCUUCAUUUAAUUAAUUUAUAUGAUAACAGAAAUGAAGAGUUUUCAAAAUAUUACUAAUAGUUUAAGCAGAUUGAAGGAGCUUAUAUUCCGGUAUAUAAUUUUUAUCUAAAUCAACUUAAAUUGCUUAACAAAGAAGAAAUCCAAUAACAAGAUUAAGAGUAUGAAGAGUAAUGUGAUGUCGGAAAGUAUUUAAUAAUAAAGUUCAAAAAAUGGAAGGAAAUUACCAGCCAUUAAUAAGUGGACUUAUUAGAAUCAGAUGAUCUUGAACUCCUGAAAUUUUAGAUUAUGAUUUUUUCGAAUCUUUAAACAACUUUUAAAAAUAGAAAAAUUUUAUAACAUUCAAUGUAGUUAUUCACUUUCUCAAAGAUAUGCUGUUAUAACUUAUUAUUUAGAAUUAAGUUAAUUUAGUUUAUAUUACAUCUUGAUAAUGUUUAACCUGUUAACCAUAAUUUAUCUACUUAGAUCUAAAGAACUACAUUUUGCCAUUAAAACUAAUAAUCUUUUAUCUAAUUAUUAAAACAGAUUCACUAAUAGAUUUAACUACAAUAAGAUUCUUGGUUUUUUCAUUCGAGUUUAGAAGAAUUAUAGGUUUUCUAUUAUCUUUCAAUCUGCUUUGCGUAUUCUCCUAAGCAUCUUGAAAAUCUUGUAUUAGAAGAAAAUGAAAUAUCAAAACAUGCAACAAAUUAAAUAAAAAAAUUUUAGUUUAAAUCAAAAUUCUAUUGCCAAACACUCAAGUGUACAUAAAUUAACAACAGAAAAGGAUAUUAAUUGUAAUUUGAUUCAAAUUUAGGUAAAUAGUAACAAUAAUAACUCUUUUGCUAAUUUUUAAAUUGCAGCUUAAAGUAAUAUCAUAAUUUAAGAGGCUCAUACCAAUAAAUUUCAGAGUGUUUAAACGAUGAUAUUGAAUCAUCAAUCUUCGUAUUAGCCCUAAUUCAUAAUUAUUUGCAACUUUAAUAAUUUGAUCUUGUUGAUUUGAUGACCUAGUUUUCUUUAAGAUUAAUUUAAUGUGAAGCUCCAAUUUUUGAUAAAAAGCAUUAAGGGUUUGAAUAGGAUCUUUAUGUAGUAGAAAGCUUAUAUAAAAGCAAUCACAAUUGCAUUCCUUAUCCAUAAAAGUACCUAUUUGAAUAUACAGACACUUUUUAUAAUUUUGAAGACAUAAAAUUUUAUGCAUAAUAUAUACUUUUCAAUAUUAUGAUGAAUUAAAAUUACUUUUUGAUUUAAGAGAUUGUCACUAAAUUAAUUAACACUUUAAAAGGUAAUGCAAUUUAUUGCCGCUUCAUACAUAUAUUUGAAUAUUAGUUAGAUGCUAUUCAAGCAAUGAUUGGGAAGAUUGAUCCAAAAAAAUAGCGCAAUUACCAAGACUAAGAAAAAAUAGAAAGUGACUUGAACCUAAAUAAUUAUUUAGAAAGAACACUCAUAUAUGCUAUUUUAGCUCUUUUAUAAUGCAAAUACCAUCUUAAUUUAUUCGAUUAUGAAAAUGCUUUGAAAUAUUCAGAAAAAGUUUUGAAAUAUGUGGUCACGUUCUUGAAAUAAGAAUAGACGAUACUAUCAAUAAUUAAUCGCCGAUUAAUAUAAGAAUAUCCAGUACAUACAUUUUUUAAAGAUUUAAAAAUUAUGGAAUAUGAGUUUCUAAUAGAUGAAAUUGUAGAUUCUGAUUACAUACAUAUAUUUAAUAAAGAUUUUAUCAAUGAAGCUAUACUAAAUCAUAUUAGAAUCCUAAUAAAUUUAGGUAAAAAUGUUCCUAAAGUAAAUAUACUAUUUUCGUUACAAUUAAGCUAAAUUCAUAAGACUCAUCAACCUUAUUUACAAAUGAUUUAUGCUAUGUAUUUUAAUUUUUUGUUAAAAGAAAAAGAUAAUAAAUUGAUUGAGCAUUUACUAGUAGAUGAAUAAAAUUAAAUAGGGUAAAUUCGGAAAAAAAUUAAAGAUGAAGAGAUGAAAUAUAAUGCUUAUAGCUCCCUUAAAUUAUACACAGAAUCAGACGCAGGCUUUAUACAUCAAAAUUUAAUUUUCUUAGAUUUUCAGCUAAAUGUCUUAUCAAAUUCGAAAAACAAAGUUAAUAAAAAAUUGAUAAAUAAUUGGAUAUUAUCAAGCACCUAAAAAGCAAUAAAUGGAUAUUAAAACAUUCAAUAAACAUUCUCAUAUUUAGUUCAUCCUCAUAUCUCAAUAAUAUAUUUGAUACAAUAUGAAUCAUAUACAUUUUUAAACCAGAUGUAGAAGGCUUAAGAUAUGCUUGAUCUAACAAAUGAAAGUCUUUCUGGAUGGUAUGAAGAUAAUAAACACCCUAUCAAAGGAAUAUUUUUAUACCACUUAGGAAUUCAUGAUCGUUGGCUCUACUCCUAAUACAUAAGAUGUUUAAAAAUUAUAAUUUCUUUAAACAGAUUUGAUAUAGAUGAAAUAACAAGAAUAGCUUAAGGAUUAAUUUACUAAGAAAAACAACUGAUUGCUAUUUUGGAUAGCAAUACUUAAAAUAGAACAUUUUAAAUAGGAGAUUUAAUUAAUGAAUAUCUAACUUAAAGGACGGGAAAAAAACAACUCUAGAUUUCUGAGAUCUCUAAGAACAAUUUUGAUAGUUAAAGUAUCCUUGAUGAUGUUUUAGAAAAGAGUUCACUUAAAACUUUGAAUGGGAUCUAAAAAUUUUUCGAAGCAUUAGCUAUAUUUUAUCAAAUAGGUACAGAGCAUAAUUGUAAGGAUUUAAUAAAAAGAUUAAUCGUAGAAUCAAAUUGA